AUGUUUGAGUCUAACAAAUGCACAAAUUUGAAUGUCAGAAAUGAGGUGUAUUUACCGAACGUAGAAACUUUAUUUGGGAUGCCUGGUACCAUUUUGAAAGCUAGCUCAUUACAAAAUCUCUCCAACUUGAGAGAGCUAUUGUUAUACGAGAUUAAUGACCAAUGUUUAAAUGUCAUAUCUGGUAAAACACCCAUAUCGGAGAAGCUCCAAAAAUUGGAAUUGUGGUUCACUCAGAAGUUUGAGAGGUUAAACUUGUCCCGCUAUGACCGUCUUGCUAGUUUGACUAUUACAGCUGUAUCUUAUUCUCCAUUAAUCAAGCUUGACAUCAUUGAAUUCCCUCCAAACCUUAUCUUCCUUCGCCUUUGGGACAUGAAAUUCACCGAGGAUCCAAUGAAGGAGAAAACAGCUUUCCAGAGCUUCAAGUGUUGUCAAUUUAUGGAUUAUUUCCGGAGUUGA